AUGCAGACUCAACCCGAUAUCGACUACCACCCCGACGAAGCCAAGUAUCGCGCUCGAACGGCGCGCCAGCUUGCUGCGAACCCGGAUCGUGUUCGACAGCCGCUGCCAGAAGGGUUCCCUGCCAAGGUUGAAGGCCCUAUUGUUUGGGAAGGCAAGGAUUGGAAGGGCGAGCAUCAAUGGGUGUAUCGGCUUAGUGCAUCGGAGCUCCAGGAGGUCGACGGUGCACUUGCUAAUUUCAAAGCCCUGAAUACGCCUUUGGGAUUCAUCGGCAGAGACACGUUCCCACUUCCAACGCUUAGCCCAAAACUCUGGGAACUGGCACAAGAACUGUACUCCGGGAGAGGUUUCUUCGUGCUACGAGAGAUACCCGUGGACAAAUACACGCGCGAGGAACUUGCCAUUGUCUAUGCAGGCGUGUCGUCGCACGUCGGCUCGGCGCGCGGAAAGCAGGAUUCCACGGGCGCGGUGCUUUCUCAUAUCAAGGAUCUCAGCGUCAGCCACGCAGCUGACGGCGCAUCGGGAAACUCUGCGUACACUACGGACAAGCAGGUUUUCCACACCGAUGUCGGUGACCUGAUCGCGCUUCUGGCCAUCCAGUCCGCUGCGGAAGGUGGGACUUCCCGUAUCAGCAGUGGUGGCCGUGUAUAUAACGAACUCGCCGCAACCCGCCCCGAUCUCGUACACACAUUAUCUGAACCGUGGGUUUUGGAUCGCUUUGGUGGGACACCAGCUUUUACGAUGCGGCCUUUGUUAUACUUCGAAGACGGUGAACACGUUGUCAUCCAAUACUCCCGACGCCACUUCACCGGCUAUGGGUCUCAAAAACGCAACCCCAACAUCCCACCCAUCACCGAAGCUCAAGCCGAAGCAUUGGACGCGGUUCACUUCUUGGCUGAGAAGUACUCGCUCGGGCUGAACUUCCAGAAGGGUGAUAUCCAGUAUAUCAACAGUAUGGGACUGCUGCAUGCUCGAGAUGCAUUCCGCGACGAUGCAGAACACACUCGCCAUCUUGUUCGCCUCUGGCUUCGAAAUGAUGAGCUAGCAUGGAAAACGCCCAAGCCAUUGGAACAGAUCUGGAAGACGCUCUACUCGGUCACGCCUGAGGAACAACGUUUCCCCCUCGAGCCGGAGGUCAGGAAAAGAGAGGGCGGCGGUACGAAAUAA